AUGAAGAUCGAGUACUUGUCUGUCGGGCUGCUCGCCCUCUUCAGCCCCUUGGCCGCGGCCUGGAGCAAAGAAGAUCGCGAAAUCUUCCGCAUUCGAGAUGAAAUCGCAAAGUACGAGACCAACCAGGCCGCCAACUUCUACGACAUCCUCGGCGUGCCCUCCUCUGCUUCGCUGGACGAUAUCACAAAGGCGUACCGCAAGCAGACCCGCAACCUGCACCCCGACAAGGUCAGGCAGGGAAUGCGAUCGCAGGCCGAGAAGGACAAGAAGAACGGCGCAAACACAAAGCCUCCUACCAAUGCCGAGAUCAAGACCGCUGUCAAGAAGGCCGGCGAGGCCCAGGCCCGUCUCUCCCUCAUCGCCAACAUCCUUCGUGGCCCCGAGCGCGACCGAUACGACCAUUUCCUCUCCAAUGGCUUCCCUCUCUGGAAGGGCACCGAUUACUACUACAACCGAUACCGUCCCGGCCUGGGCACGGUCAUUGUCGGCCUGUUUAUCGUUGUCGGCGGUGGCUUCCACUACCUCACCCUCUACAUGAGCUGGAAGCGCCAGACCGAGUUUGUUGAGCGCUACAUCAAGUUUGCCAGGGAGACAGCCUGGGGCAAUGGUCUCAACAUCCCCGGCGUCGAUGCUCCUGCUCCGGUCGCCGAACCCGCUCCCGCGCCCGCCAGCGACGAGGAGGAAGCUCCCCCCGUGCCCCAGAACCGACGAGAGCGCCGUAUGCAGGAGAAGUUUUCCAAGCGAGAUGGUGCUAAGCCCGUUAAGAAGACGCGCCGUGCCCAGCCUCAGGCUCCGUCCGGAACUGCUACCCCUACUCCUGCUGGUGGUCCUACCGGUGCUCGAAAGCGAGUUGUUGCUGAGAAUGGCAAGAUCCUCGUUGUCGACUCCCUCGGCGACGUGUACCUUGAGGGAGAGGAUGACGGGGGAGAAGUCCACGAGUUCCUCCUUGACCCUAACGAGCUUGCCAAGCCCACCAUCAAGGACACUGCUGUGUUCCGCGCGCCAAUCUUCCUCUUCAACAUCACCGCCGGACGCUUCCUCCCCAAGAAGAACUCCGAGCUCGAGUACGACGUCUCCGGCGAUGAGGACGACUCGGAUGUUCCUCAGCCCACUCCCAGCACAGACUCGGCGGGCGAGGACUUUGAGCUUCUGGACAAGAGCACCGAUUCACUCAGCAAGGCUAAGGCUUCUGGUGCUUCGCAGGGCAAGGCCAACAAGCGCAAGGGCAAGAAGAGGUAA